AUGACCGUCUUCAAGAACAUCCUGCUCAUUGACGCCACGGGAUCGAUUGGCAGCGUCGUGCUAGAUGCGCUCGAGAAAGAGUCCAUCUUCACCCUGACUGUGCUGCAACGCGCCUCAUCCAAGUCUCAACUGCCAGCCCACCUGAACGUCGUCACGGUCCCAGACUCAUAUCCUACAGAUGCACUGGUCGCCGCGUUCAAAGACCAGGACGUCAUCGUCAACUGCAUGACAUCGCUGUCUGUCGCAGACCAGUUUCGCAUGGUGGACGCCGGCAUCAUUGCUGGAGUCAAACACUACGUCCCAAGCGAGUAG